AUGGAAUUUGUUUUAAAACAUUCAGAAUGGAAAGUAUUAAGAGAAGUGCCAACGUUUCCCAGUUCUAUAUGUCCUUCCAAUCCAGAAACUCAAUCUUUGGUGAAAUCUAUGAUCAGACAAAUAGUGGAGUUUCAUUCGGAUAUUAAAUAUUUACAUAUUGGUGCAGACGAAGUUUGGCACAUGGGUCUUUGUCCACAAUGUACUAAAAGAGUUGGUUCAAGCAAAUAUGGGAAAGCUUCUUUAUUCUUAGAUCAUGUAAUAACUAUAACACAAUUUAUCAAAGAAUCAUAUCCUUCUUUGAAAGUUAUUAUAUGGGAUGAUAUGCUAAGAACAAUAGAUUUAGAAAUUUUAAAUGGUAUUCUUGAACCUUUAACAACUUUCUAA